AAAGUCGCAGUUGAUCUAUAUAGCAAUAAUAAAGAUGGCCCCUUCGUACUAAGCCACAUCAAUGGUGCGCUUGUCGCAGAAAUCCGGGAAACAAGAUGGCGGUGCUGCCGGUGGUGGUCGUGGUGGUGGAUUGGGCCUUGCGGCGGUGGCGUACAUCAGCAUCGACUACCUGCGACACCUUUCGCCGUCGUGGCACGAGCUACUUCAGCCAUUGCUAUGGAUCGUGCUCGCACUAAUCGCAAUUACACGUGUUCCGUUUUACAAGCACUGGUCAGCUGAACUUCGAUCAGCUCUAGUAUUCAUCGCCGCUUUGGUUUUCAUGCUCUGCACCUUACUCUAUGAGAUGAUAUCCGUUCGUUCCGUCACCGCCGUGCUCGGCCUCACCUGGCACCGGAAUACUCCACCUCUUCCAGACACUGGACAAUGGAUCCUGUUGGGACUGAAUGAGAAACUUCCUCAAGUGAUUGUCGAUAUACUUAGGGCAAGAAUCGUCGGCUUACAUCACUACCUUAUGUUAUUCGUAAUGCUUGCUUUCUCUGUUCUAUUCGGCUCCAUAGAAGCUCCUGGACUUGGAAUUGGUGCACGCUACAUGUUCACCAUGGCUAUAGGCCGGUUUCUGAGAGCCAUAAGUUUCGCAUCCACUAUUCUCCCAUCACCUCGACCAUGGUGUGCUGCACGUCGGUUUGAUGUCCCUCAUCAUCCACAUCAUUGGGCACAAAAAUUCUAUGUCCCUUAUGCUUCUGAUCCGAAUGCCAUCAACAAUGUCAUUCAUCAAGAUAUGGUGUAUGACAAUGGUGUCGUGGGAGAUGAUGAAUAUAGACCAGAUUGGGGGUUUAUGAGCUUCCUUGCUGAUUUCCUUCGACCUAUUCCUUCUGGAGAAGCUGCAUGGAUCAAUCUGCUAAAGAAAGCUGGAGGUGGAUGUAACGAUCUUUUAUACAGUGGACACAUGCUUGUUGCAGUUCUUACAGCUAUGGCUUGGACAGAAGCAUAUGGAGGUUUUAGCUCGGUUUUUAUAUGGAUGCUUGUAGCGCACAGUGCCCAAAGAGAAGUAAGAGAAAGACAUCAUUACACAGUAGACUGCAUUGUAGCAAUCUACGUGGGUAUCCUAUUAUGGAAGAUGACUGGUUUUUUAUGGCCACUAAAGAAUAAAUCACGAGAAUUAAGGCUAAAAAAGCUAGAAAAAAUUGAGGGAAAGCUUUAUCAAGCUGCUAAAGAUUCGGAUUUAGAUCAAAUCCGAGACCUUUUAAAACAAGUUGAGUUGACAAGUCAAAGCAAGAAUAAUCAAGUAGGGAAGGAAAGGGCGAGGGCUAUGCAGUUUUUUGCUGGUGGGACGAUUGUUUUUGCACUUACGGUUGUUGUUUUGGCAUUUGUUUUAACGAGUGACGGGUGAUGAUUGAUUGUUGUAGUUUUUAGACCAUGGAUUUUGUUUCCGCUUUGUAAAGUGUGUACACACAUAGUUAUACUGUUUAUGUUUUGCAAAAAUAGCUGAUAACUGGAAA